AUGGUGGAGGACAGUGGCACCGACGAAGAGAUCCCUCUGCCGAAUGUGAAGACCGCCAUUCUUAGUAAGGUCAUCGACUACUGCAGGUAUCACAAGGACAAUCCGCCUGAGGAGAUUCAGAAGCCCUUGAAGAGCACGAACCUCGUGGAAUGUGGUGUUUCGGAGUGGGACAACGAGUACGUGAAUAUCGAGCAGGAGGUCCUUUUUGAGCUAAUCCUUGCUGCGAACUACCUGGACAUCAAAAGCCUCCUGGACCUCACAUGUGCCAAGGUCGCCUCUAUGAUCAAAGGAAAGAAUACAGAGGAGAUCCGAAAGCAGCAGUGCACUGAGUUGCCUGAGAUUUUAAGGGUUUUUCUCGAAUUUAGAGUCUAA